GCUUCAAACCUUCACUUACCAUUUCAAACGCAAUAAAAAACACAAUAAAUUUAAAUUUAAAUAAAAAAGAAAAAGAUAAAAAGGGAAAAAAAAAGAAAAGAAAAUGGAAUAUAAUAUCAAGGUAUCAUUUGCACUUCUAUUGCUAUUUUUAGCAAGACUUGGAGACGCUCAGGCACCAACAUCUCAGCCAGCAGUGUUUGAUAUUACUAAAUAUGGCGCAACUAGUAAUGGAGAUAUCAGUAAGGCAGUGUUGGAUGCUUUUAAAGAGGCAUGUGCAUCAACAAGCCCAAGUACAAUAGUGAUACCAAAAGGUACAUUUCAAAUGGCUCAAGUAAAACUAGAAGGUCCAUGCAAGGCACCUCUUGAACUUCAAGUCCAAGCCACUUUGAAAGCUAAUGAAGAUCCUAAGCAACUCAAUGCUGAUAUUGAAUGGUUGACUGUUAAUUAUAUUGAUCGUUUUACACUCUCUGGCGGUGGUACUUUUGAUGGCCAAGGUAAAGCAGCAUGGGCUCAAAAUAAUUGCAAGGAUUCCAAAAGUUGUGGCAAUCUUCCCAAUAAUUUGAGCUUCAACUUCCUUACAAAUUCCACAAUCCAAGACAUAACAUCACAAGACAGCAAACUCUUCCAUGUCAACGUGAACGGUUGCAAGAACUUGACAUUCAUCCGAGUUAACAUCACAGCUCCACCAGAAAGCGUCAACACCGAUGGCAUCCACGUGGCACGAUCGAGCAACGUAAACAUCACGGAUUGUGUCAUUGGCACUGGAGAUGACUGUAUUUCUGUUGGUGAUGAAUUGGAACAACUUCAUAUCACUAGAGUUACUUGUGGACCUGGACAUGGUAUUAGUGUUGGAAGCCUUGGAAAGACUCCUGGUGAAAAGCCUGUGGUGGGAGUUUAUGUGAGGAAUUGCACAUUUAUUAAUACUGAUAAUGGUGUUAGGGUAAAGACAUGGCCAGCUUCUCAUCAAGGUGUUGUCACGGAUUUGCACUAUGAAGAUAUCAUUGUACAAAAUGUUACCAACCCUAUUGUCAUUGAUCAAGUCUAUUGCCCAUACAAUCAAUGCAACAAAGAUUUGCCAUCACAAGUGAAGAUAAGCAAAGUGAGCAUAAAAAAUGUAAGGGGUACAUCAAGAACACAAGAUGCAGUGCUGCUACUGUGCAGUAAAGGAGUACCAUGUGAAGGAGUUGAAGUUGGAGACAUAGACAUUGCCUACAAUGGAAAGGAAGGACCAGCUAAGUCUAGGUGUGAGAAUGUCAAGCCAACUCUUGUGGGGAAGCAAAAUCCACCAGUUUGUGCUGGAGCUCAGUCUGCUUGAGUCCCAAGUUUUGUGCAUUUUUUUAGUAACUUUUUUUUU